AGGUUUCAAAAACAAGCACCGCACUUUUAGAGCGGCCACGGUUUGCAGCCAUGGCCGAUGAGGAUUGGAGCAAAAGUCCUCAGACCCCUUGCGAGUUCUCAUGGCAGCUUCCACUAAUGAAGGACACAGUGGAGUCCAUUCGAUUCAAGAAUCACCAUUUUGGCAAAUCGAAGAUCCACGAAAUUGUGAAACUUUGUUGGGCCAAUAUGUUGAAAGAUGCCAGGGCGGCAAAUGUGGUGAGCAUCAACAUCACAGACAGUCGACCUUGGCCAAAGGUAAUUGCUGGAGCACCGGACAAAAUCCGCGGCAAACUUGUUGGGACUGGCAUCGUUCAGUGCCAUUUGGAAAUGGAUAGAAGUCGCAUCAAUCCGAACCUCUUGGACCGACCUCAGCCAAACUUUGUGCUGACUUAUGCAGACGGGUGGAAGGCCAUCUGGCACCCGGGUAGCAAGGGAGAUGGCUUUCUGGCUUUCAAAGAGCCCGGUGGCCAGCUGCAUGGUGAUGAUCUCCGCAAAGAGGAUAUUACUCUGGCCUUCCGAUUGGCUGCGGGAUGGGAGGUUCAAGGGAGAUGGGAGGCAGGGAUUCCCAAGAGCUUCAGCAAAAAGAAGGAAGAAUUUCAGCGCUUGCACCGGCCGAAUGGCUGGACGGCUGAUGACUUUCAGAUCGGAGCCAGCGUUUGGGCAUGGGUGCUAAGACCAGAGCCGAAAGCGGACUUCUUGGCCUUUGUGAAUAAUCCAUGUGGUGGGACAGAUGCCGAACACGCCGAAGCGAGAAAGCAUUCCAAGGUGCGGGACGAUGAAACCCAGUCAUUUGGGAAAGAAGUUGCUGUGGACUUGGAGGGUGAUCACCACGGCGUGGAAAUCUACAGGGCCAUCACAGCACAGGGCGAACAUCUACCAUUAGAAGAAGCCUUGCACCGCAUCCGCUUGGCAAUGGUGGGGCAGAGAGCUACAAUGGCCAAAGAUGAGCCCCCAGAGGAGGCUCUGGUACCAGUCCGUGUACUCCGCUUUACGCAAGAAGGAUGCUCUGCCACAUUCCGGGGUGGGCCUUAUCAAGGACAAGACCUCGAGGUGGUGAUUCAAGAUUUGAUCAAGGGCAAAUGCGACCCAACGAGGGAUGACUGGCUUACCUUGGAAGUUGUGAAGUGGGAUGGCACGCUGUACUCGAACGACAACCGCAGGCUGCACUGCCUGAAGGAGGCGCAGACGCAUCAUGAUAAGAUGGGCACUGGUAAAGAGGUUCAGGCCAAAGUCAAAAUAUAUCAUUGGACCGAACAGCAUUCAAAGUAUGUGGAACACUUGGACACAAAGUGCGAUGGCAAACGUAUUCAGGUACGACGCGGGGUACCAGACUGGGUACGAUCCAAACGGAGAAGGACUGAACUUUGAGUCCAGGCCAGCUGCACUGAUAGCAGGGGUAUCCUGAACCAUGCACUCCUUCCAACAGCCGUGUGCUGCCUUCAGUUUCGCUCCCAAAGCAGGGAGGCGCGUGACAGGAAACAUGAC